AUGCGCCGGCCCGGGAUACUUCUGGUCUUAGGCUUGCUUUGCGAUGCCGUCAUCGCCAGUAUAGGCCGCGAUAGUGGGCUUGAAGCUCAACAUGUCCUGAAAGAUCCUCAUGGGAACGCGCUUGAGGCGCCAGCACAGAGGCGGUUACAUGGGCGAUUUAUACACAUUACCGACUUCCACCCCGAUACCUUUUACAAAGUGCAUACGUCAACCGAUGAGGAUAUUGCCUGCCACCGUGGCGAGGGCCAUGCAGGUUACUAUGGCGCUGCAAUGUCGGAUUGCGACACACCAAUCUCGCUGGUCAAUGCUACCUUUGACUGGCUCGACAAGCACUGGAAGGACAAGAUCGACUUUAUUGUCUGGACCGGUGACAGCGCUCGUCAUGACAGCGACGAGGAGAUACCCCGAAAUGCCAAGCAGGUCCUAGGAACCAACCGCAUGAUUGCCAACAAGUUCACGGACUUGCUGUAUAAUGAGUCAACCAGGGCUCUUUCGAUACCCGUCAUACCAACAUUUGGCAACAACGACAUUCUUCCUCACAACAUCAUGCUGCCCGGCCCCAAUCGCUGGCUCCAGGAUUACAGCAACAUUUGGAACCACUUCAUUCCCGAGGAGCAGCGCCAUUCUUUCGAACUCGGCGGCUACUUCUACGUUGAGGUCAUCCCUAACAAGUUGGCCGUCUUCAGCCUAAACACGCUAUACUUUUUUGACCGAAACGCCGCCGUCGAUGACUGCAUCAACCCCUCAGAGCCGGGCUACAAACAGCUGGAGUGGUUGCGAGUCCAGUUGCAUUUCAUGCGGCAGCGUGGGAUGAAGGCUAUUAUAAUAGGUCACGUACCGCCUGCACGCACACCUAGCAAGAUGUUGUGGGACGAGUCUUGCUGGCAAAAGUAUACGCUCUGGAUGCAGCAGUACCGCGAUGUUGUGACGGCCAGCAUUUACGGGCACAUGAAUAUCGAUCAUUUUAUGCUUCAGGACUCCCAGGAAGUCGACUUGCACUUGCUCGACAAUGGUGGGAUCUUGAGUGGCGGUCUGCGAGAAAACCUGGACGAUGAGCUUACGGUCCUGGGCGCCACAGACUACCUGAAAGAAAUGCGGGACAGGUGGUCCAAGCUGCCUAGUUCGGUUGGCCAGAUCGCUGAUGGGCCAUCUAGAUUAGCUCUCAAAAAGAAAAAGAAGAAGCACGAGAACCUGGUGGGAUCUUGGGGUGAGCGGUACUCGGCAACCAUGGUUGGUGGGAGCAUAGUACCCAACUUUUACCCUAGCUUCCGAGUCUACGAGUACAACACAAGCGGUCUUGAGGAUGCAGCUAUCUGGACCGGUCCUGCCCUGGACCGAACAGCUUCAGCCGCCGAGAUAAUAGACAUUACCGACCGGGAGUCUAUGAUGCAUAUUCUGGCCGAGAUCGAGAAGAAGAAAAAGAAAAAGGGCCGAAAGGCUAAGCCGAAGCCCAAAGAUCCCAACUUGAUCAAACCCGAACCGCCGGCUAAGACGGCACCCCCGGGCCCUGCUUAUUCGCCACAGCCUCUCACUCUGCUUCGGUAUGAGCAGUGGUUUGCCAACUUGACUCGCAUCAACAGUGGCCCGGUCGAUGAUGAGUCCGAGGUCGAGGCUGCCAAGUGGCGGAGUGGUAAACCUGGGAACAAACCAUCCAAACAGACCCCAGGAGAAUUCAGGUUUGAGGUGGAGUACAACACCUCAACGGACAAAGUCCUUAAGAUCAAAGACCUCACAGUCCCAAGCUUCCUCAAGUUGGCAUAUCGCAUGGGAAAGAAAGAACAACAAGGCAAACCCCUCGAUUUUGAGGCCGAUACGCACCUGCCUGGUCUCGAGGAUGCUGACGACUCUGAUUUGGAUUGGUAUGUUGUUUUGGACGAAGAAGGCAGCGACUACGGCAACGAGACCGCCGUUGAUCGAACUAUGAAGAAGAACAAGAAAAAGAACAAAAAGAAGCACAAGAAGCACAACAAAGUAUGGCUUCGCUUUCUCAAGCAUGCAUUCAUUAGUACGGUCGAUAGGCGGGAACUUGAGAAGCUUGACGGCUAG